GGGAGGUGGGAUCACUUCUAGGGAAAGAUGAAGCUCGUUGUGUCCGGUCUUCUUGCACUUUGUGUAUUUGUAUUCUUCGAUGCCCCCACAAUAACCGGAUUGUACGAUAUGCCUGCUGUCACCAACACGACUCUGUACCUCGUGGGAUACUCACAGGAGCUAUAUGACAAACGCUAUCGGUGCAUCAACACUACUUAUGAAGGCCGACAGCAUCACUGGGUUCAAAGGAACCUUUACGUCACCUAUAACUUUUCAGGACUAACUAACAACUCAUGGUAUGUACCAAUAGAAGUAAGAAAUCUGAGCAACAAUUUCUAUCUGGAAGUGAACCAAACACCUAUUCUGAAGGGACUUUUCCGCUUACGGAAGAAGUACCUCAUAUGGGAUUUCGACAACAAUUCAUUAGUUUUGUCAGAACGUAUACAGAGCAUCCGAAAUUUAACCCCGCCAUGUUCUUUAUGGGUGACAAGAGAUCAUAUAAAUUUAACGACUGUGCCAAGUCGGGCAAACUACACAUUUUUCACGUUUUGUUCUAACCCUAUGUUCAUUGGGUACAAUGAUUCCUGCUUUGGAGUAAAUGAAAAUAAUAAAAUCACUUGCAAAAGACCUCAAUGA